AUGGGGCUUUAUGUCUUGGACUUGAACGCAUGCAGGUGGCGGAGGCCGAUGUACGAGGGCUCUCUUUCUCUCUCCGCACACAGCGAAGCUGUUCUCCAUGACAAAUUAAUUGCCUUUGGAGGCGCAGCACUAGUCUCCAAAACCCCAAACCCUCAGCCUGCCCCGGAGGUUCGCGACGCGCCCAGCAGCAGCAGCAGCAGCAGCAGCAACAGCAACAGCAACAGCGGCACCAGCAGCACCGCCACCAGCAGCAGCAGCAGCAGCAGCAGCAGCAGCAGCAGCAGCAGCAGCAGCAGCAGCUUGAGUCGGCGUUUGCUGCUGCUGUCAGUGUUGGAAAUUAAAGAAGGGCCUUCCAGCGCGGACUGCAGAUUCAAACUUGUCACUGUGGGCGACUCCGGCGUGGGCAAGUCUUGCCUCCUCAUGCGCUUCGUCCAGGACGAGUUUGCGUGCAGCCACGAGCCGACGGUGGGUGUGGACUUCCGUGCUGCAGCAGCAGUUGCUGGGGGCAGAGUUUGUUUGCUGCAGCUGUGGGACACAGCAGGCCAGGAGCGCUUCAGCGGCUUGACAGCAAAUUACUACAGAAGAGCUGAUGCUUUUCUUCUUGUCUUCGAUGCUGCCAACAGACAGUCUUUUCUCCACCUCAACCGAUGGGUCCAGCAGAUAAGAGAGCACCACGCGUUGGGCCCUUCGGCCUUUCUGAUGGUGAUAGCCAACAAAAUGGACUUGGAAGAAAAACUUGAAGUUUCAGAAGAAGAGGCCAGAGCUUUUGCUGCUUCCAUUGGGGCUGCAUGCGCAUGCACCUCCGCCAAGGUUCGCCUUUAA